GUAGUGUGGUAGUCAUUUCCAUCCUUAGGUGUGACAGGUAGUGUGUGUGUCAGAAGAAUGCAGCGAGUGAGUGCGGUGGCGGUGGUGGUGGUGGCGGUGGUGCUGGGUGGAGGCGAGGUGGAAGCAGCGCAUCGGUCAAUCAGACAAUUGUUCCCUGAGUCCGGUCCAGAUUGCAGCAACGGGCGACAGUGCAUUCCCAUCAGAUCUUGCCCCGUGUUCGUGAGACUCCUUGAGAAUCCCACGCCUGAGGGAAUCAAGAUGCUGCAAGAGAGUCACUGUGGCUUCGCUGGUGACCGGAGUCCCUUGACUUGCUGCCCAGAUGGUGACUCCGGGAAACCCACAAGCUCAAACAUCGACUUCAGACCCACAGUGAGCCCAAGCAGACCAAUACCGAUCCCUACCAGCUCCCCCACUUCCCCACCUACUCGUCCACCUACACGCCCUCCCACCCAGCCGACCACCACUCAACUUCCGGCGUCUGGUGGUGAUCUGCUGCCUAGUGAAUGUGGGUUCUCCUCCGCUGGUCAAACGAGGAUAUUCUUUGGUGAGGACAGCCCACUAGGAGCCUACCCCUGGAUCGCCCUGCUUGGAUAUACCUCAAACACGUCAACCUCCCUUCCCUCCCCAGCACGGUUCCAGCCUCAGGUGGUGUGGGGCUGCGGCGGGUCUCUCAUCAACUCUCGCUACGUGGUCACAGCUAGCCAUUGCACUGCCGAGGAGUUCACUUUCAAUAGAGAUCUGACCGUGAUUCGCCUGGGAGAGCACAACCUAUCCACGGAGAUCGACUGUGAGAGCAGAGGUGGGAGAAGGACCUGCGCCCCGCCCCAUCAGACCUUCACGCCCGUUGAGAUCAUCCGCCACUCAGAUUUCAACAGCCGAGGCACCGUAAGCGACGAUAUAGCGCUGAUAAGACUCGAUAAGGAGGUUGAGUUUAAUGCUUUCGUGGGGCCCAUCUGCAUCCCGCCGCCCACCACUGACCUCACCACCUUCCUCGGGAAUCGCCAGGCCUUCGUUGCAGGCUGGGGCGCUACCGAGAGGGGCCCAGACACCCAGAUUCUGCAACAAGUCCGCAUUCCCUUCGUCAGUAGAGAUGAGUGCAACCCUCACUACAACAACGCCCUUCUGCCGGAACAGGUGUGCUUCGGAGGUGACGGGCGACGUGACUCCUGCUUCGGUGACUCAGGGGGUCCCGUGGUGGCGCCUGCACCUGGGGGGUCCUUCCUGCUGCUCGCUCUGGUGUCGUUCGGUCAGCCAUCGUGCGGUGUGGAGGGCGUGCCUGCUGUCUACACCUCCAUGGCCGCCUACAGGAGCUGGAUACUGGAGAAUAUAAAGCCUUAAAAACCUGCUCUCCCCUCUCUCUCUCUCUCUCUCUCUCUCUCUCUCUCUCUCUCUCUCUCUCUCUCUCUCUUUCUGACCUUGCCAAGAUCGAGUGUUCCGCUAUCCCCCCACCCCCCUGCCAUCAUCUCCCGCCGGCCCCCUGCUCGUCCACCCAAAGGAAAGUCCCACGGUGGAGCGACACGGUGGAGGAAGUGACGUCUCGGUGGUGGUGAUGGUGGUGGUGCGAUUGUUGUGUUGCUUUUGGAUUGUUUUAGUUAGUUUGUUUUGUUAGUUAGUGUUGUGAUGUUUGUUUUGAUUAUUAUUAUUAUUAUUAUU